CCCGGCCCCUGCCUGCCGGUCACGUGGUGCGGGGCCCGGAAGAGGAUGGCGGCGGCCGCGCGGCGGGGCGGCGGGGGGACGCGGCCUCUCUCCCUCCUGCUGCUCCUGGCGCUCGGGCCCGCGGCGGCCGGCGGGGCGGGGUCCGAGCCGGGGCGCUGGACCGUCACCCCCCGCAGCAACAGCACCAAGAACCUGUUUGUGUUCUCCAAGACGAUGUUCAACGGCUCCCUGAUCUCUCUCCAGGUGCUGUCGAAGUGCUCUCCGGGGGUGACCCUGAACGUGACUUGGUACCUGCGGAGCUCCCAUUGUCACAACGAAGUCUACAUGGACGAGAAGAGAGCAGAGACUUACCUGGCAAAUUACAAGACCGAGCUGGAGCCGAAGAGCUCUGGCCAGUACAUCCUACACUCGUAUAAACCCUUCAACUGCAGCGACACGGUCCCCCUCGAGCUGAAUGUAGAGAGUUUCGAGCUGCCCACCCGGCUGGAUCGCCUCACGAACUUGCAGCAGGCGACUGGGGUCCAGCGGCGCGGGACCGCGGGUGUGCAGCCCAAGGAUGCCGCCAAGGAUGCCGCAGGGAAGCCGAAGUCGUCUGCUGUUGAAUUGGCCAGUCCGCCUGGCAAAAAUCGAGAAGCAGCAGGGAAGCCGAGCGAAACCCAGGGAAAGAAACUGGGCCCAGGAGAGACUGACGGAGCCAAGAAAUUAAAAGCAGGGAGGCAGGGCAAAUCAGAGCUGUAUGCCUUAGCCGAGACCUGGGAGGACGGGCCCUACAUGUUCAUCCUGAAGAUUGAGGGGCAGAGCAAGGACCCAAAAGCUGCCUCGAACUGGGAGCUCACAAUUGACGUCCGGAUGAAGCACCCUUACUACCAGUACAUCUCCGCCUCCGAGUGGCCCCUCAUGGCGUUCUACAUGGCCAUGUGCAUCGUAUACGUGUUCUACGGGGUGCUGUGGCUGGGGCUGCUGGCCUGCUACUGGCGGGACAUCCUGCGCAUCCAGUUCUGGAUCGGGGGGGUCAUCCUGCUGGGCAUGCUGGAGAAGGCCGUCUUCUAUGCCGAGUUCCAGAGCAUCCAGAGCCAGGGGGUGUCUGUCCAAGGGGCCGUGAUCUUCGCCGAAGUGCUAUGUGCCGUGAAGCGCAUGCUGGCCCGCGUGCUGGUCAUCAUCGCCAGCCUGGGUUACGGCAUUGUCAAGCCGCGGCUGGGCGCCCUGCUGAACCGAGUGGUGGGCGUGGGGCUGAUGUACCUGCUCUUCUCCAUCAUUGAGGGCGUCCUGCGGGUGAAAUCGGACCAGGGUAGCCCGGUCACCCUGGUGUGCAACAUCUCGCUGGCCUUUGUCGAUUCCUGCAUCGUCUGGUGGAUCCUCAUCAGCCUGGUACAGACCAUGAAGCUCUUGAAGCUCCGGCGCAACACGGUGAAGCUGUCCCUGUACCGCCACUUCACCAACACCCUCAUCUUCGCCGUGAUCGCAUCCGUCAUCUUCAUCAUCUGGACCACCAAGACCUUCCGGCUCACCAAGUGCCAGUCGGACUGGCGGGAGCUGUGGAUCGACGACGCCUUCUGGAGGUUCCUCUUCUCCAUCAUCCUGCUGGUGAUCAUGUUCCUGUGGAGGCCCUCGGCCAACAACCAAAGAUACGCGUUUGUGCCGCUGGUGGAUGAAGGGAGCGAGGAAGAGGACGAGGAAGAGGAACAUAUGGUGAACGAGGCCUUUGAAGGGAUGAAGAUGAGGGGUGCAAAGAAUGAAGCCAACGGGAUCCUGAAAGGCAGCAGAGUGGAUGAAGAUUUGAAAUGGGUGGAGGAAAACAUCCCUUCGUCUAUGGCUGACGUGGUGCUACCCCCUCUGCUGGACUCCGAUGAGGAAAUAGUGACCACGAAAUUUGAAAUGUCCAAGAUGGAGUGAGAAAGGAAUCCGCCCAGUCGCGCUGCAGGAUACGCCCAGCUUCCCUCCGCAGCCCGUCGGGGAAGGAGAGUUGCUGGUGGUUUUUCUUUUAAUAUAUAUAUUUGUAUAUGGUUAAAAGAUUAUUUUAUUACCUUUAAGUUUCUAAUUCUCGGGCUUUAACGGACUGGGGAGCUCUCCCCUGCUAGCGGCCCCAGGAGAGCGCCCCCGUCUGGGGAGGAAGACCAGAAUGCACCUCGACCAGGAUCAGCUUCUUUCUCGGACUGGAUUAGGAAGGAAACUGCUUUCGGCCGCUCCGGGCCUCGGUCCCGCUGGGGAGCGGCGUUGGCUGGACACGUGCAAGUGGUUUUCUAACGGUCGGGGGGAGUGGCGGGGUGGGCAGGGUGGGGAGUGACAGGCAGACACGUAUUGGGUGCACUUGUGAGGGUGCCUGUCUUUCAGGGGUGGUGUCUAAAGGCCGGGGGUGUCUGCUAGGGGGUCGAUCUAAGUGGGAUGGGGUGCUUUUCUAUGGGAAGGCAGGCCGGGAGCUUUGUGUGGGGGCUGGGUGUGUAAGGGAAGGUGGGAGGCACGCUGGGUGCAGAUGGCAGUGAUGGGUGGCUGGCAGUGACAGGGGCAGGAAUGGGGCAGGGAGAACGUCUGGCUCUUCUGGGGCUGCAGGCGAGGUUUGCCCCGCACCUGCCCCUCUCCUCCAGCGUUGCUCCUGCACAGACAGAGCUGGCAUCGGUUGGGAGCACCAGACCCUUCGCAUUCUGCUGCCAAGACCGGGACACUUCCUCUUUCCAGCCCAGAGAGCCUGAGAGAACCCACGUGCCAUGUGCAUCCACCACCGGGCGCUGGGGAGGGGACACCGCCACACUGCGAUGCAUGCCGGGAUCCGGCUCGGCGGUAACUCUGAACGUGGGAUUCUCCGGGUGGCUGCACCGUGGCCUGGCAUCGGCGGGCAUCCCAGGUGCUGCCAUGGGCAGUGUCUGGCACAGCGCGUCCUCCCUGAGCCUCUUUGACUCCAGCGGGGGCCACUCGGGGUUUUCUCUGCCAACUGGGCACCCGCCGAGGCGGAUGGAGUGCCAGGGCUUGCCUGCCCCGGAGCCGCUGCCCUCUUCUCCAACAUCACUCCCAGCUGGCACAGCGGUCGCACCAAGAGACCUAGCCAAGAUCCGCUGACGCCCCUGCGGCCAGAGAGGGAGAGACGCCUGAUCCGUGCCGGGGCCCCCAGUUCUGAAACUGACACGGGUCACUACGCGGUGCCCAUUGCCAGGGCGAACACGUGCCUGGUGCUUGCUUCAGGCUGCGCCCGGCUGUGAACUGGACCUGGCUCGGACUGGGUAACGACCAGGGACCCGGAGCCCCCGUGCGACCCUGCCUGCAGUGCCCACCCGGUCCCCGGCGUCGCUGGGCUGCCUGCCUCUCUCGCCCGGCUAAGCAGCUGUUUGGUGACUGUCGUGCUGACGAGCCAGCGAGCUGGAAAAUCAAUCGCCUGCUGCUUCGCCCUCUGCCAGCAGGAGCGGGGCUGUGAUUGGUCGUGUCUGAUCUUGCGGACAGACACCCCCCGCUCCCCCAAAUCUCCCUCUCCUCAGGCCUGAGCCAGCAGGAUAUUAACUACACUACGCAGCUCGGCCCUGGAGCCCAACCGAACCUGCGCUGUCCCUGUGCCCCUAGGGGGCCCUCGCAGAACUGAGGGCGGCCCGUGCGUGGCAGCCAGCCAGGGGCCACCCGCCGGACCGUUGAGCAGCCCCCUCUUGCAGGUGCGACUCCCCAAUCUCUCCCGCAGGCGAUGCCCCAGUCUGGCUUCACCCAGCAAAUGGCGGGAGUGGUGGAGCCAGGUCGCUCCCCAGUCUAUCGGGAGGGGGUGACUCCUCUGAGCCUUUAGAAAUUGACACUGAUGGCCUGGCGCAUCCUCUCCUAUAACCCACCCACACACUCCAUUAGCCUGGCAUGUCCUCGCCCUAUAGCUCCACCAUCUCCUCGCCCUAUAACCCCAGAACCUUUCCCUAUUGAAAUUCAAUAAGCCUCUGCAUCCCACAUGCCAGCCUGCGCCCCCCGGAUCCCAGUUUGACCUACAUUAAGGGCUGCCAGUCCCACUCCGCCUCCCCUGCCCGUUCCACACCGACCUGCAUCCCGCCCCACGUGCUUGACAUCUUCCGCAGCGGCGCCUUCUCCUCCAUUUUGUGUUUACGUUGAUUUCACCUGCCUGGAGCCAGAUCUGUCCCCGAUCUCAUGUCUCCCCGGGAGAUCUUCCUUUUCCCGUCUCCCCGUUUCCUUCCAGCUCUGGCUGCGCCAGGAGGCUCCCACGCCCGCUGACUUAAUUUUAAACUGUGAAAUGCUUUACAGGCUGUCGGGCGGGGCAAAUUCUGCCCCCAUCACUGGCCAUUUUUUUUGGAGGGGGCGCUCGAUUUCGGGGAGCACGGUGUAUUGCUUUGCUUUGCCGGGAGGGGACUCUGUUUGUGUUACAUCCACUAAUGGUAAAAAGAUGUCACGAUUCGAAA